GCAAAAAUACCCGCGCUCUAUUCAUCGGACGGCUAAGAUCAUCUGCUUCCUAUAAAUUCUCUCUUGCGCAUCCACGAGAAUCGAAACCCUAGCGAAGGAGGCGCGAGAACCCUACCGUCGUCUUCUCCCUCCUCACCAUGACGUUCAAGCGCAGGAAUGGCGGCCGCAACAAGCACGGCCGCGGCCACGUCAACUUCAUCCGCUGCUCCAACUGCGGCAAAUGCUGCCCCAAGGAUAAGGCGAUCAAGAGGUUUCUCGUGAGGAACAUCGUCGAGCAAGCCGCGGUUAGGGACGUGCAAGAGGCCUGCGUGUAUGAUGGUUACACUCUCCCGAAGCUGUACGCGAAGAUGCAGUACUGUGUUUCCUGCGCGAUCCACUCGCACGUUGUUCGCGUCCGUUCUCGCGAGGCCAGGCGCGACCGUAGGCCUCCUGAGCGUUUCAGGCGCAGGGAUGACAGGCCUGGGCAAGGUCCCCGCCCUGCUGGUGCCCCUAAUGCUCCUCCUCGUCCGUGAUUUUUCUCUUGAUUUUCCGCCUUGAUUGCUGAUUCACCCUUGAAUUUGGCUUGGGAAUGAUAAGAGAUUUUUUUGUUUUGAACUUGCCCUCUGGAAAGCAUGUCUUUUUUGAGCCUCAUGUUCGUUUUUAGGUAUCACAGUACUUGUUCUCUGAGUUUGUCUUGAUAUUGGUGGCCGGACGAAAAGCUGAACUUCUUUUCUUAAUUUGACCAAAACUUUUUUUGAGUUUUUUUAUCGACUUUGAGAUUAUAUAUCACCGAAAUAGUUAUGUA